UGUUGCAUUCUCUACUCCUCGCAGAUGACUCGAGGCAGAUGAUGGCAGCAAAAUUCAAACAGAUACUGAGAGCGUUUUGGCAGACGAAAAAUGGAUUCAUACUUUUCCUCACUCCAAUUGUUUUCUUACCUCUUCCCAUCGUCAUUGGAUCGAAGGAGGCAGGAUGUGCCUACAUCAUUGCGCUGAUGGCCGUGUACUGGUGCACGGAGGUGCUGCCCCUGGCUGUCACUGCCCUGCUGCCCGUCAUCCUGCUCCCUCUCUUCGGCAUCAUGACCUCCAAAGAUGUGUGUAUGCAGUAUCUGCAGGACACCAACAUGCUGUUCGUGGGAGGGCUGCUGGUUGCCGUGGCGGUGGAACACUGGAACCUGCACAAGCGCAUCGCCCUGCGAGUCCUACUGCUGGUGGGGGUCAGACCUGCACUGCUAAUGCUGGGCUUCAUGGGCGUGACGGCCUUCCUCUCCAUGUGGAUCAGCAACACGGCCACCACCGCCAUGAUGGUGCCCAUCGUCCAGGCCGUGCUGGAGCAGCUGAACCAGCAGGGGGCGCCACAGCAGGGGGCAGAGGAGCGCAGCACCACCCUGCCCGAAACCACAGACAAGCCCAACGAGAAAGAGGCAGAUGGAGUGGUGCUGAUGAACGGGAUGUCUCUGGAGGACAGCCGGGAUGAGCUGCAGCGCCCGGACGAGGAUGAGGAGGAUGAGAAGGAGAGGAUGAGGAUGUGCAAGGGCCUGACCCUGUGUGUGUGCUACGCCGCCAGCAUCGGAGGCACUGCCACCCUGACGGGCACCGGCCCCAACCUGGUGCUCAGCGGACAGAUGAGCCAGCUCUUUCCCAACAACGGUGACGUCAUCAACUUUGCUUCCUGGUUCGGUUUUGCCUUCCCCAACAUGCUCCUCAUGCUCGUGUUCGCCUGGAUCUGGCUGCAGUUUGUCUUCCUGGGCUUCAACUUCCGGAAGACCUGGGGCUGCGGUACAGAGAAGUCGGAAAAGGAGGUGGCUGCCUACAACGUGAUCCGCUCUGAGCACCAGCGCCUGGGGCCCAUGUCCUUCGGGGAGAUCAGCGUGCUGGUGCUCUUCACGCUGCUGGUGGUGCUCUGGUUCACGAGGGAGCCGGGCUUCAUCGACGGCUGGGCAACGCACCUGUUCAACUCCCAAAAAGAGUUUGUGACGGAUGCCACGGUGGCGGUGUUUGUGGCUACGCUGCUGUUUGUGCUGCCGUCUCAGCCCCCUUUCUGCGGAAGGUCACAGAUCCCCCAGGGUUCUCGUGAGCCCACUCCUGCGCUGCUCACCUGGAAGGUAGCCCAGAGUAAGAUGCCCUGGAGCAUCGUGCUGCUGCUCGGAGGAGGAUUCGCUCUGGCCAAGGGCAGCGAGGACUCGGGUCUCUCCGGCUGGCUGGGUGAGCAGAUGACUCCUCUGCAGAGCAUCCCUCCCUGGGCCAUCGCCAUCAUCCUCUGUCUCCUCAUCGCCACCUUCACCGAGUGCACCAGCAAUGUGGCCACCGCCACCCUCUUCCUCCCCAUCCUCGCCUCCAUGUGCCAGUCCAUUCGCCUGAACCCCCUCUACGUCAUGAUCCCCUGCACUCUCAGCGCGUCCUUCGCCUUCAUGCUGCCCGUGGCCACGCCCCCCAACGCCAUUGUCUUCUCCUACGGAUAUCUCCGAGUCUCAGACAUGGCCAGAACAGGCUUCGUGAUGAACAUCAUUGGAAUCCUGUGCAUCACCCUGGCCAUCAACAGCUGGGGGCGGGCCAUAUUCAGCCUGGACACGUUCCCAAGCUGGGCAAACGCCACCGGAGUAUAAGACACACUGGACACACACCACCGGGGUAUAGAGACACUGGACACAUAG